CCCUGCCUCAGCUCUGCAGUCUGCUCCUCGCGUUGGAGACGUUUUUACGCACUCUUUGGAAACUUUCGCCUUGAACCAUGAGGGAAAUCGUGCACAUCCAGGCCGGCCAGUGCGGAAACCAGAUUGGUGCCAAGUUCUGGGAAGUGAUCAGCGACGAGCACGGCAUCGAUCCCACCGGAACGUACCACGGAGACAGCGACCUGCAGCUGGACCGCAUCAGCGUCUACUACAACGAGGCGUCAGGAGGUAAAUAUGUGCCUCGUGCCAUUCUGGUGGAUCUGGAGCCCGGCACCAUGGACUCCGUGAGGUCUGGACCUUUUGGGCAGAUCUUCAGGCCCGACAACUUUGUAUUUGGCCAGAGCGGCGCUGGAAACAACUGGGCCAAAGGUCACUACACGGAGGGGGCGGAGCUGGUGGACUCGGUUUUAGACGUGGUUCGUAAAGAGUCGGAAAGCUGCGACUGUCUCCAGGGCUUCCAGCUGACCCACUCCCUCGGUGGGGGGACGGGGUCUGGGAUGGGGACCCUGCUCAUCAGUAAGAUUCGUGAAGAGUAUCCAGAUCGUAUCAUGAACACCUUCAGCGUGGUGCCCUCCCCCAAGGUGUCGGACACGGUGGUGGAGCCGUACAACGCCACCCUCUCUGUCCAUCAACUCGUAGAAAACACCGACGAAACCUACUGCAUUGACAACGAAGCCCUGUACGACAUCUGCUUCCGCACGCUCAAACUCACCACCCCCACCUACGGAGACCUCAACCACUUAGUCUCCGCCACCAUGAGCGGCGUGACCACGUGUUUGCGUUUCCCGGGGCAGCUGAACGCCGAUCUCCGCAAACUGGCCGUCAACAUGGUCCCUUUCCCCCGCUUGCACUUUUUCAUGCCCGGAUUCGCGCCUCUCACCAGCAGGGGGAGCCAGCAGUACCGCGCCCUAACCGUCCCCGAGCUCACGCAGCAAGUUUUCGACGCCAAGAAUAUGAUGGCGGCUUGCGAUCCCCGUCACGGCCGUUACUUAACCGUCGCCGCAGUUUUCCGCGGUCGCAUGUCGAUGAAAGAAGUCGACGAGCAGAUGUUGAACGUGCAAAACAAAAACAGCAGCUACUUCGUGGAAUGGAUCCCCAAUAAUGUGAAAACCGCCGUGUGCGACAUCCCCCCUCGCGGUUUGAAAAUGGCGGUCACCUUCAUCGGCAACAGCACAGCCAUCCAGGAGCUGUUCAAGCGCAUCUCCGAGCAGUUUACCGCAAUGUUCCGUCGUAAAGCUUUUCUCCACUGGUACACGGGCGAAGGGAUGGACGAGAUGGAGUUCACAGAGGCCGAGAGCAACAUGAAUGACCUGGUGUCCGAGUACCAGCAGUACCAGGACGCCACCGCCGAAGAGGAGGGCGAGUUUGAGGAAGAGGCCGACGAAGACGCGUAAAAAAACAAAAAAGAAAUGGUCAAAGUGUCAUGUUCAAGUGUGGUUUUAGCUGUAAGCGUAACCAAGCAACAAGCAUAGAUUUUACACAGUUCGUUAGAAAAACCCGUAACAGUAACUUCAAUAAAGUCCAGUGUUGAAAGUG